CCACUUGGGAACGAUCAGUGAAAGAAUGCCUUAAUAUAUGGAAAUAAUUCCCUUCGUUUUGAUUCAGAUGCCUUCGAUCAAUUCGGAACUGUGAGUUUGGAAGAAAGUCACAGCUAUGGAGAGGACUACGACUAUCUGUCGAUAUUGCAUUACGAUAGCCUGGCAUUCAGCAAAAACGGUCGUGUCACGAUGGAAGCGAAGCAGCCUGAAUUCACGUCCAUAAUCGGGACAAUGAGGCACUUCAGUCAGGCGGACAUUCGAAAAAUCAACAAGAUGUACUGUCCGUGGAAUCAUUUCUUCGGGCGCAAUCCGAUGGUCAGCUUCUCUCUGCCCGUUGUGAACGAUGGUCAAAGCUAUUUUGAUUAUUUGACGAAACAAACGCUGAUGGCAGGUUGGAGUAAGUACUUAGAAUUGUGUGCCAAUUUUAUUUUCACUCAUCUGCUUUUCACAAGCCUAUUAAACAUGGUUUUCAGCCAUGUUCGAGUGAUUACCUAAAC